AGAGCGUGUGAGUGCGAAGUAAACGGAUCACAGAGAUCACAUUUAUAAAGCAUUGCCACCGUCAGCGAUACAAAUCAGUCGGUCUAAGAACGUUUCUGCAACGAGAACCGUCCGUUGUAACACAACGCCAUAGUAAAACGCACGUCACGCACUUCUUUUAGAAUAGUAGAUAGAGCAAAGUUUUGUCUCAAGCAUUAUUGUUUCGGUUUUUGAUUUUCAAUUGUUAAAAAAUACAAAAAAAAGUGUGUGUGAUUACCAAAAAAAAAAAUUGAUAAUUUUAAAAAAUUUAAUAACUGUGCUGUAAUUUCUCCCCGUCCUCCCCCCGGCAACCUUCAAUUCAAUCUUUUUGGAAGAGACGAGAGAAGCCCAAGUGUGUCUACCGCCAAGGAAUUUCGGAAAAUAGAGCAAAACACAUAAUGAAUUUUUCUUUUCGUAGAAAGAAUUUUGUGAUGUGUUAAAAAUAAAGUUUGCCGUUUUUUGUUUUAAUUUCUUUUUGUGUGCUGCUUUUUUUAAUUUUCUUAUAAAACAAAAACAACACACACAAUUAAAAAAACACACAAAAUUAAAAAAAAAAGUGUAUCUCAAUUCGCGCAAGGCACACCUCAGAAAGUGAAUUAUUGUGCUGAAUGUUUCUUUUAAUGUGGCUAAAAAAACGAAAUUUGGAAUUUUGUUAAAUAAUAAAGAAAAACUAUACACAAAUAAAAUUCCCUAAUGCAGUUGUUGGAAAAAUUUAUUUAAAUAUGAAAUAUUAACAUAAACUCUACGCAACGAUUCGCCGCGUUAACGACGAAUUAUAACAACACUCCGUUUACCUGGCAUAAAGCCCCACCUCCACCCCCAAGAAAGCAGUUAUCUUAUUCUCCUACCCGCCCAACGUUACAUCAGCCCCCAAGCAUUCACAAUGUCACAGCCAAAGACUAAUUUAGUCAAAAAUCGUCGUUACGAUCAGGGACCCCUUAUCGGCAGCCGUCACAUACAAUGCUUCCUGUGCUUUUGUUGCCUCUCACUGUGCUAUGCGCUGAGAGUAAAUUUGAGUGUGGCCAUUGUGGCCAUGACAGCCAACAAUAACUCAACGGAAGACGAUGAUGAUGAUAAUGAUUUCGAGACUUUCGAUUGGGAUGCUGGCACCCGUUCCUAUCUGCUGAGCAGCUUCUUUUGGGGCUACAUAGUUACCCAGAUACCAGGUGGUCAUAUAGCCCAGAAAUAUGGUGCCAAAACCCUGCUGCUUAUUGGUGUUACACUGUGCUCUUUACUUACCCUCUUAACGCCUUUGGCAGCCGACAUAGGUGGCUGGCAGCUGCUGUUUGCGUUGCGUGUCGUCCAGGGUCUGUUACAGGGCGCCGUUCAUCCUGCCACCCAUGCCAUGUUGGCCAAAUGGGCCCCCGUGGAGGAACGUGGUACUUUGGGCACCUUCUGCUAUUCGGGCUCACAAUUUGGCACUGUUGUCAUGCUGGCCGUUAGUGGUUACAUAGCCGAUUCUGCAGCCGGCUGGCCCGGAAUUUUCUACAUCUCAGGAGCCAUGGGUUUUGUGUGGGCCAUUUGUUGGUUUUUCUUUGCCGCCAGUACGCCAGCGGAACACAAAAGCAUCUCGCCCGAAGAAAAGAAAAUGAUUGAAAACUCUUUGGGUCAAGUGGAUAGUACGCCCAAGGUUAAUGCCCCCACACCCUGGGGAAAGAUCUUCACAUCGCCUCCCUUCAUUUCUUUGAUAAUUGUGCACUGCACUCACAUGUGGGGCUUUUGGACGUUGCUGACUCAAAUUCCCAGCUAUAUGAAGGACAUCAUGGGUGUCGAUAUUAAGAACAGUGCUUUGUUGUCCUCGCUGCCGUAUGCCGUUAUGCUGUUGCUGUCAUUCUUCUUCAUAUAUCUGUCAAAGCUUUUGGCCAAAAAGGAAAGCAUUUCCUUAUCGUUUAGCCGUAAAUUCUUCAAUUCCAUUGGUCAUUGGAUUCCGAUGAUUUCACUAAUCGCCUUGGGCUAUGUUGACAAGGAUCACGCUACACUUGCUGUGAUUUUGCUUACGCUGACGGUGGGCAUUAGUGCAGCCACAUAUUUGGGCUUCCAGGUGAAUCACAUUGAUUUGUCACCCAACUAUGCGGGCACUCUGAUGGGCAUUACAAAUGGUUCGGCGAAUGUGAUGAGUGCCUUGGCGCCCCUGGCCGUGGGAAUGGUGGUAACAGAUGUGACCAAUGUCAUGCAAUGGCGCAUGGUGUUCUUCAUAGCCGCUGGUUUCUAUUUCAUUGGAAAUCUUCUAUUUGUGAUAUUGGGCAAAACUAAUGUACAAAGUUGGAAUUCGCCCGAGGAUGCUUUGGCCAAGCGCUUGAGCGUCAUUGAUCCCGAGACACCGGCACUUUUAACGAAUGGCGAAGUGAAACCGGUCAUUGUCAAAGAAAAUGGCAGCCCACAAUAACGCCUAAAUGAGGGAGUUGGCGAAACCCUAGCACUCCAAGAACUCAACAUCGUCCUUCAUCAGCCUCAGCAACAGCCGUCGCCUCAUUAUCCUCAUCAGAACAACAGUAACCCACAAAUAUCCAUAUUGUAUAUGAAUAAGCGUACUGAAGACCUCCUUAAACGAUAAGCGUAGUUAAAGCCAUUAUAUAUUUUAAAACAAUUUAAUUAAAAAAAAGAAAAGAAAUAUUAUUUAAAAACAAAAAAAAAAAACUUUAGCCUGUAAGCAUUGAAUAGUUUUAUAAGGGCAAAAGAUUUAUAAAGUAAAUAAUAAGAGAACAAAAUGCAAAUAAAUUUUUUUUACGAUACAAUUUGCAUUUAAGCAUCACGAAAACAGAAUUGUUGUUGUUACUUCAAAAGAACAGAAAAACAAGAAAAGGGCAUUUAUGAAAUUUUUAUUUUUUUUUACUAUUAUUUUUUUAAUUAUGUUGCAAAAUAUUUUGUUGUUUAUGAUUUUUUUUUAUAAAAAAAGAGAAAUUGAGCUUCCAUUAGUUGUAAUUAUAAGCGAACGCAUAUGCCACACAAUUCCUUAAAUCAUUUUCUAGUUUUUUUAUGGUUUAUUUAUUUUGCCAAAAGAAGAAGAAAAAAUGUCCUUUAACAGUAUUUCAUAAACAAAAUGGAAGGAAAAAUCCUCAGACAUCUCCCCCAAGAAAAUGCAAAACAAACAAAAUCCUUGUUUAUAUAUAAACGGACGAUAUUUUAUUAAAAACCCCCAAUGAAAGAGAAGAAACUUUUCUAUUGGGUUGCCCAAAAAGUAAUUGCGGAUUUUUAAAAAGAAAGUAAAUGCAUUUUUAAUAAAACUAGAAUGAACUUUAAUCAAAUAUACUUUUUUUACACUUUUUUUCUAAAGCUAAAGGUAACAGCUGAUAACUGACAGAAGAAAGAAUGCAAAUACAGAGUCACAAGCUGUGAAAAAAUUUGUCAACGCCGACUAUAUGAAAAAUCCGCAAUAACUUUUUGGGCAACCCAAUAUAUACAUAAUUUUAUUUUUUAUUUUAUUAUUUGCGUUUGUACUUUAAUUAUUGUAUAAUUUAAGUGUAUAUAAAUGCGCUAAUUGUUAAGUAAAUUAUUUGAAAAUAAAAACCAAAACCCUAAUUUAUAGUGGUAAACAUAUCCCCCCCUCACUUACCACCUACCACAUAGAAAAAAAUAAAGAAAACUUUGCCACAAUUAAAAUAAAACCAUUAUUCUAAUAUUUAAAUGUGCCUUAAUAGUCAUAAA